AUGCUUCCGCUCAACAACAUGGAUUCCUCUUACACUGAGUCGAACCUGAGAAAACCAACGAUGUCCAACUCGAUUUACUCCGCACUGACCAAAUCUAAUCCGAUCUUCAAUCACCACAGCGGAAGUAGUGGUCACAGUCCUGGCUCGGCGCGGAAUAGGAAAUACUUCAUCAUUCUAUCGAUCUCAUUCUGCUUUAUCGUCUACAAAUUUCACUCCAUGAACUCUCAAAAUACUCAAGCUGAUGUCGAUGGAACUGUCCCGAGCCAGCUCCAUCGGGCGGAAAAAACGACAGCCACAAAAGCUCAUCAAGCCAAUCGAUUUGGAUAUCCAGGGAAUAACCGACAAUCAUCAAAAUCAGGAGACCAUCAGUCAUCGAAUCAAUCCACGAGGAAGUGGACUUUUUGGCAACUACCGUCAUCCUCAACAUGGUUCUCAAAGUAUCAAAGUCUAGCCGCGGAUUUAACUCACUCCCUGAAAGGCGACAGUCCAGCCCAUUGGCAAUCCCCGACACCCCCUCUACCAUCUGAUUCUCCACUGUACCUACGACUUCAAGAUUGGAAGUCGGCGCCGAUCCCUGAGCCCGCGCUCUGGGUCCAAUUCAAUCUCCAAACUUGUCCGGACGACCGCGUUGGAAAGAACGCCAAUUAUGAUUUGCUAAAGAGAGCCCAUCUGAUGUGGGCAACGAUGAAUUCAACUCAUGUGCGAAACAAACGCGAAGAAAUGAUUCAAAGUCUAGAAGAAUUCGAAAGACUCGGGUUGAUGAACGAAGAUCAUUAUGGCCAAGGGAGGGGAAUAGUUUUCACAGCUGGAAACGUGGACACUUAUUCGCGAGUCUUCUUGACAGUAAGAAUGUUGAGGGAACACAUGAAAUGCCAAUUACCCGUCGAAGUCUUUAGCUUCCCUUCCGAGAAGCCAGAUCAAGAUACCCGGGAGGCGAUGGAGAAACUCCAUGUGAAGUUUCUGACCGUCGAAUGGGCCGAGAAAGAUGUCCACCGCAACAAGAAUUUUCACAUCAAAGCUUCUGCGCUGGUCGCCUGUUCUUUCCGAGAACCUUUGUAUCUCGAUAGUGACAAUUUGCCAGCUGUCUUGGAACCAGGAACGCUUGAGUCACUUUGGGAAUCUAAAGGUUACAAGAAACUCGGGGCAUUAUUCUGGCCAGAUUAUUGGAAGACUCACGCAGAUGUACCGGUAUGGUUAUUGAUCGGUACUCAAUGUCGGGAUGAAUGGGAACAAGAAGCUGGACAAAUGCUGAUUGAUAAAUCCCAGCAUCUGGACGUGUUGCUUUUGGCGGAACACAUGUUGAAAGACUGGAAGUAUUGGUUCCAGAUCUCUGAUGGUGACAAAGACGUGUUCAGAUACGCCAUGCUGGCGUUGCGAAAGCGCUGGGCUUUGCCCGGUAGAUAUCUGGGUGCUGCUGGACUUUCAUGGAACACACUCUCUGGGUAUUGUGGUCAUACAAUGUUGCAGCACGACGUCAUGGGCCGGCCUUUAUUCAUUCACAUGAAUUUGCUGAAGCAAAUCCCAAGUGGAAUAACCCGAGGAACAACAUUUAAACGAACCAGAACCGUGAACAUCAAACUGAUUGGGAACGAAACUGAGGCUGAUUAUGGAAUAGAGGCCGACAUGUUGGCCAAUGCUGAUGAAACCGGGAGAGCAAUCUUGGAUGCCCCACCUCCCGUUCGGAGACGAGCAGCGUUGGAAAGAGGGCUCCAGCCGUUUUUGCACGGAGGUGGAAACACAGCUAUCUGUGCAGAUAUCAAAUGGAAAAACCCAGGUCUGAAGCCCACCGAGGACGUCCCGAAAUGGGAUAAUCCCACUGAGAUCGUCUCCUGGAAUGAUGACUCUCGAUUGAAAGCUUUUGAAGACCGAUACUAUGAUAUGGGCGGAAGCACCACUGCAGUUGGGUUCUGA